CGGAGCGGGCUGCAAAUGUCGGAGCGGCAGGCGGCGGGGGGGCCGGCGGGCGGCGGCGGGGACGGCCCGGGAGUGGAGGGGAGCCAGGCGGCCGCCUCAGAGAAUGAAGAUCUAGAAAACACCAACGUCACCUCUGCAGUGGCUUCGGCCUCUGAUCCAGAACCCCAUUCCUCACCUUACAGGCCACAGACGGUAUCUCCGGCGAGCGAGGAUGCCCCAGAAGAUCUGCAGAAGACAGCUGGUGCGUUGGAGGCGCAGGCCUUGGUGGAACAGGAAUUGCUGCCUGCAGACCAGGUCCAGGUCCUCAACAAGAUGGCCAAGCACCAUGUUCCACAAAGGUCUGGGGACAUCGUUAUGAUCCAGUCUGAGCACACAGGAGCUAUAGAUAUCCUUUCAGCUGAUUUGGAAUCUGCAGAUCUCCUGGGGGAUCAUAGGAAAGUGUCCCCGCCUCUGAUGGCUCCUCCGUGCAUCUGGACCUUUGCCAAGAUGAAGGAAUUCAAAAGCAAGCUGGGCAAAGAGAAGAACAGCCGUCUGGUGGUGAAGCGGGGUGAGGUGGUGACCAUCCGGGUACCUACCCAUCCAGAGGGGAAGCGUGUUUGCUGGGAAUUUGCGACUGACGACUAUGACAUUGGCUUUGGAGUUUAUUUUGACUGGACCCCUGUAACCAGCACUGACAUAACUGUGCAGGUCAGUGAUUCCAGUGAGGAUGAGGAUGAAGACGAGGAAGAGGAGGAAGAGAUUGAAGACCCUGUCCCAGUUGGUGACGUAGAGAGAGGCUCCCGGAGCUCCCUGCGAGGUCGUUAUGGGGAGGUCAUGCCUGUGUACCGGCGGGACAGCCACCGAGACGUGCAGGCUGGCAGCCACGACUACCCCGGUGAGGGCAUCUACCUGCUCAAGUUUGACAACUCCUACUCCCUGCUCCGCAACAAGACUCUCUACUUCCACAUCUACUACACUAGCUGAAGGCCCGCGGGGACAGAAGGCGGGCGGGCGCUCGCUGGCUGGGGCAGGCUGCCGGCUGGCGUCUCUUGUUCUGGAUAGACAAGAGCUAAAAGUUGAGCGUGAGGCUCGUGAUGCUCACGUCCUGCCUGGCAUGCCUGACUGUUGACCCCACGUAGCUUUUCCCCUUCCUUGGCUUCCGCAGGUGGUGGUGUAGUGCCCCUGUCUGUGGUCCCUGACUCACACUCCUCUCGCGUCAGACUCCAGCCAAAGUCCCUCUGAAGGAGCCCGUCAGGCAAAAGCCUAGAGGAAGGUUGGGUGUUAAAUUGUAAAAUUAGGUCUGUUUGGGUCCAAGGGAUUAUUGCAGUUGUUGCUCUCUCCUCUCGCCGAGCCUUUAUUGCAGAUGUGUUCAGCGGUACCCACUCUUCACCUUUUGAAAGUGCUGGAGGAGGAAAAGCGCGUUGUCCGUGAAGGAGCCCAGCCUCUUGGAUGGAGAAAGCUCUGUCCAGCCUCUCACCACUGCCAUCUUCCCGCCUGCUGGUUCUUCGUGGUCUGUAGUGCAGGCCGGGAGCCCUCACUGCCUUUGGAGGGGUGGCAGUAGUCCCGAUUGUUCGACUCUGCCUCUUGCCCUCCUCUUGCCUUUCCCCACAUCUGUGUCUGGGCCCUUACAGCAAGAACGUCCAUGCUGUCUAAAGUGGUGAUCACAUAGUCUACCGUCUGGGGGGAUAAGCGCCUCCAUCACUUCCUGCUUCAGGAGGUCGCAGCCCGUAGCCAGGGUGCUGGUGGGUGCAGUGGAAAGGGUGGGAAGUAGGUACUGGAUUGAUCUCAGCAUAUCUUUGACAGUCAAGUGUUACUGCAGUACUUCUUUUGUAUAAUCAAAGAAGAAGGGGUAUAAUCUGAGCGAGAAGCUUAAAAAAAUACAACACUCCCGAUUCCCCACCACUCUUUUCUAUCUUUAGGGUAGGAGUGUUAUGUAGAAAUUUGGCUUCAGAACCAAUCAGAUUUCCAGAGUUUCUGGAUUUAGAUUUCUUGCAUUGAGAGCUUAAAGCUUUUGGAGUUCAAAGUUUCUUAGAAAAGGAAAUGAAGCUUCACUGUGGCUGCUGAUUGGAGCUGUUCUUCAGCAGGCCAAAGCCAGCAUUUCCCCCUGACUGCCUUUCCCACUGUAUUAGCCCCGAGGCCCGGAGUGCCAGGGAUGGGGGGCUAUAAUCGGUGAUCGCCAGAGUAGCAGGCCAGGGCCUCGGGCAGAGCAGGGACCACUGUGGUUGUCUGUGCCUCCUUGUUUCUUAUUCCCUGUGUUGAGUCUGUUACUGCCUUAGAAUUUUGAGGAAUAUUCGAUUUAUUUAUUACUUUAUUUAUUUUUGUAGCACAUUUCAUUUUGCCCUUGAAACAGCUUCCAUCUGUUUCUUAGAAGGCUUCUGUCUGCUCUGAGCCAUUAAGACCACCUCUCCUGUGGAGUCAGAUGACGACGAUUUUAGGAAAAGUUGGGAAGUGACAAUGUUCCCUUCAUGGGUCAGUCCUGGGAUGCUUUGGGGAGGAAUCUGCCCUUCUGAGACGGAUGAUGCCAUCUUACCCCAGCACUCUUUGUGGCGAAUUCUAGGCUGUGAGGGACCCGGCCCAGUCGCCCAGGAUGGAGUACGGAGGAACUGACUUCCCGAUCAGGGAUAUGAUAUGAUCCUGGGAUUUCAGAGUCCUACUCUGAGGAGUCAUCUUCUUCAUGACGGUUCCUUUGGCUCAUUCCUUCCUUGUCCAGGUGUCUCACGCCAAGCUUCUCCCCGCUACAGGGGCAGGAACUCGAAGACCAGGGCCCCUCACGGUAGUUCUUUACCAUCGCUGUCCCAGAGCAAAGGGCCAGACAGCCUGCAUUUUCUGUUCCCCUGGGAGCAGAGCCCCAAGUAGGAUAGGAUGCUGUGGACUGAGCCGCAUCUUACCUCCAUUAUUCUAUAUUUCAGUGCAUUUUGUAGAGGAUUACACUGGCCAAAAUGCAUCUACCUUGUAAGAAAUUAGAAAUUAUUCUAGUGACUGUCUGUCUGGACUGCGACAAGCAAACUCACUGUGCAUGAUGUCAUCAUCAGAUAAGCUGAGUGAGCACUCUUUCGGCACCGAAGUUGAAUCACGCCUUAGCUAAGUGAGGAUAAUCCUUAUAAGAUAAUUUUCUACUGAGCUGUUCUCUAGUCAGCUCAAGCCUUGUUUAUUGUUCCUGUUUAUUAUUAACUUCUGACUUUCUCUUAAAAGGGAGCUGUCAGGCCCUAGCAAGCUCCCUGGGACAACACUCUUUGUUUAUUUUUGCCAUGAGAUGCUCUGUACUUAUUUUCUUUGGCAUCCUGAUUCUGGUGCAUUGGGGAAGUCGAAGGGGCCUAUUCCUGUCACCUCUGUGUGCCUCUUACUGUCUGGGCACUUUUGAAGUCCUGGACGUGGUUACAUUUCAUCCUGCACUGGCGUGUCUUUGUCCCAUUAGCACAAAAUGGCUAAAAGAAGAUACUGUCAAUAUCUGAUUCAUUCCCUCUUCUCCUGUUAAAUUUCUGAAAUCAUCACACUUGAGGGACCAGAUAUUACUUGUGGAAGCACACGUAAUUAGUGAGAAGUUCACAGCCCAGCAAAUCCUCAGAGGUAGUCCCUUCCUUAAUCUCUCCCUAUCCAAGUGUAUAGAACCAAACAAUGAAAUCAAAAUCAUCUGUCUCACCCUGUUCUCCAGAGCACAAAUAAAUACUAACCAACAGUCGGAAGAGAGUGCUUUGUAGUGGGAGAGAGAUUGAAAUUCUCUACACAGAGCGGUUGGCUUCUUAAAGUUCUUCAGUUUGUUUAGCUUCGCCACUGUGUUGGGGCUUUUAGAAAGGACGACUAUUUAAAGUGUUAAUUUUUUCUAACAUUUUAUCAUGAAAAAUGUCCAGCAAACAGAGAACCUAAAAGAAGUAGAUAGUAAACACCCUUAGGUAUACCCACCACAUAGGUUUUAAAAUUAUAAAUUGCUAAUUAAAACAAAGAUGAUUCUCCCAUUCUGUUCCUUUUGACAAGUGUCCAAUUAAAAUGUGUUCCCUGCACAGACAUCAGCUCUCCUGUGUCACAGGGCCCCUGGUUUUUUAGCAGAUUUGUGUCCUUCAGCAUGAGUUACUUGGGAGGUGGUCCUCCCUCAUUUAAAAAAAAAAAAAAAUGUUUCUAGAUCUCUAGCUUUCAAAAACUCAUGCUGUAUUUCCCCUUUCCUCAGGCCAGAGCUGCACUCUUCUCAUCUCUGACUGGCACGGUGGAGGGUGGGGAACCAUGAGGCUGCACUGGAAGGACUUCAGUCUGUUGCUUUACAACAGGGCCUCAGGCCUCUGGAGUUAAAACUCGAUCCUCAGACAAUGAAUAGUUUGAUAAUGGAAGUAGGUAACAACUUGAAAUAAGGCCAUUCUUCUUCUUCUUCUUCUUUUUUAAUAAUUCAUGCACUUUAAAAAGAUUUUUAUUAUUUAAGAAAGGAAAUCUCAGACUUUUUAAAAGUACAUAUUGCCCCUUAUAUGUAUAUGAAAGUGUUAAAUCUGAGAGUUCUCUGUCUUAUAUUAACCAGUGGGAUUAGAUAUUAUUGUAAAACCAGUUAUAGAAAAUAUCUGAGUUUAGAUUUUUUUUUUUUUAAAGAUUUUAUUUAUUUGACAGAGAGACAGCGAGAGAGGGAACACAA